CUUGCCGGUGACGGAGCGGGUUUUUCCAACAGCUUCUCUUUCAAUUUUAAGUCUUUAAUCCUUACCUGUUGGAGGAUUAACGUAUCUGUUGUUUCUUCUGCUGGUGUUCUCGGCGAUCGAUGGUUCCAUUGAAGAAGAAAUUGUGGUAAACUUCCUAUAUCAGCUCCCUAAUCGACUAGAGAGGCCUCGAAUCUUUGUGAAGAUGGCAAUUGUCUACGCAGUUGUUGCCAGGGGAACAGUCGUGCUUGCGGAGUUCAGCGCCGUAUCGGGCAACACAGGCGCCGUUGCUCGAAGGAUCUUGGAGAAAUUACCGUCCGAAGCUGAUUCAAGGCUAUGUUUCUCGCAAGAUCGAUAUAUAUUCCACAUACUCAGAUCUGAUGGAGUUACCUUUCUCUGCAUGGCGAAUGACACCUUCGGAAGGCGAAUCCCUUUUUCAUACUUGGAGGAUAUCCAUAUGAGAUUCAUGAAAAACUAUGGCAGAGUAGCUCACUAUGCCCCAGCUUAUGCAAUGAAUGAUGAAUUUUCAAGGGUCCUACAUCAGCAGAUGGAAUUCUUCUCCAGUAAUCCGAGUGCAGACACUCUCAACCGAGUAAGAGGCGAAGUUGGUGAGAUACGCACAAUAAUGGUGGAGAAUAUUGACAAAAUACUAGAGAGAGGUGACCGGAUUGAACUUCUUGUGGACAAAACUGCAACAAUGCAGGACAGUGCCUUCCACUUCAAAAAGCAAUCGAGGCGCCUUCGUCAAUCUCUUUGGAUGAAGAAUGCUAAGUUAUUGGCCAUGCUGACCUGCUUGAUAGUAGUGUUGCUGUACAUUAUAAUAGCUGCUUGUUGUGGAGGCAUAACUCUUCCUUCAUGCCGAUCUUGAUAUGUGGCUUGACUGGUAUCCAAGUUCUACUGAGGUAUGCAGUGGCUGCAUUUUAGAAUGUUGCUCACCUCUCUAUACUAGAGUGAGGCUCUGUAUGCUCGGAAUGUCUAAAUAUGUUUGCAAAUGCUGAUUUACUGCAUCUACAAGGGUCCCCAAAAAUAAUGCUGCCAAUCAUCCCUGCAGAAGCUCCAAAUAUUCUUUUUGGCGAACUGUGGUGUGAUAUCCUUCCUGUCAUUCUAUUUCAUUUCUUGUUGCAGAGUCUGUCUAUUGUCUACUGUAAAUUUAUGAAUUUUCUGUAUAUUAUUUUUAAUAUCUAUUGUAAAAGCUUAGACUCUGCCAAUAUUAGUUUUGAUUGCCAUUUGUGUAGGAGAGUUGCUUUUUCUGUUUCGAGUCAGCUUUAUUAUAAAAAUUGAAAAUUUUGCCCCUCUCUCU